AUGUCCGCUUCUCCGACGAGCGUCGAGAAGGGUAUCAAGCGGCGGUUGCCGCCGCCGCUCAACAAAAUGGGAUUGUUCGAGCCGUACAUCAAAGACGGCAAAAAGAUCACCGAAAUUGUGAGAUUCAAUCCGGUCGAGGUGUUCCUCGCCGGUUUCCUGCCGCCGAUGUUCGGCUCGAUAUCGGCGAUCGCGAUCGCGCUCAUCUUCCACCACGACGAGAUCAGCAACUACAAUUGGCAAUGCGGGCGCGCUCGUCUGCCGUCGCUUUCGCGCAUCAUCAAUUUGCCGGUCGAGCGAACGUUCUGGCAGUUGUUUCUGCUGUUCCACGUGCCGAUACGCGUCGUCGAAUUGAUAACAGGAUUUUCACGCUACAAACGAAUGCGAAACGUGAACUACACGCGCGUGUGGCUCUAUGAGCUCUCGCGCUACGCCUACUUCUUCGUCGGCCUCCUCGAGCUCAUCUUUCUGUCGGGACUCUCGAUUAUCGGCGAACGCGAGAACAUCCAAAUCCACGUCAUCUUCUUCUACAUCUUCGGCAUUUGCGGAAUUGUGCACAUGGUGUCGAACAUCUUCUGCCACGCCCACUCGUUGUACUACCUCAAUCCCUACGGCCGCCUUUCAUACUAUCUGAAAAUUCUGUUCACAACGCUCUACGUGCUGUCGACGCCGAUUCUCGUCGCCUCGUUUCUGCUCUACUGGCGCAAAUGCAUCACAUGGGCCUAUGACGUGUUCGCGUUGUGCGAGUACUCGGGCGUGUUUCUCAACAUCUGCUUCCACGGUUGCGCGUUCUUCGACAUCCGCUACAAGGUGACGUUCAGCGUUCGCAAAAUCGAGAACGUCAAAGAGGCGACGUCGUCGAUCGGCGCCUCGAAAACGCCGCCGAUGAUCAACAAAUUCUAG